CGGUUCAUCAAUUGCUUCAGCCACGUCACUUAUCAGCGUGAUUGCGUUACAACUCGCCUUCCACGCGAAUUCAUACGCUUCUUCAGUUGCCACCCGGGCUGAUGUCUCCCGUACAGACCUAUCGUACAACUGGUGGAAGGUUUCUUCCGAGGCUGAAAAACGGAACCGCUCUUCCCCACGUAGACUGGAGAUAACAUCUUCUCGC